AUGGCCACCGAAACGCAGAAGCUCAGCGACACCAACCCCGCCCUAGAGAACCCUAAGAAAACCCUAGACCCUUCCCCCGUCCCGCCCACCGCCACCAACCCAGAUCGACCCGAAGACCCGCCCACUGACAUUCCCUCCGAUCCGGCUCCGUCAUCCGAGGUUGUGUCCGAAGAGAACGGUUCCAAAGCGGACUCUGAGGAUCCGAAGACCGCCGCAGGCUCUGAAGCCGGUGAUGGCGCUGCCCCUGCUACCGCUAUUCAGAAGAAGAUGCGCCGAGCCGAGCGGUUCGGGAUAUCUGUGCAGAUGACUGAAGAAGAGAAGCGCAACUCUCGGGCUGAGAGGUUUGGCACUGUUUCCACAUCGCAUGGAUCAGAAGCAUCUAAAAAAUCAGAGGAGCAGAAGAGAAAGGCUAGAGCAGAGAGGUUUGGGCUUUCUGGUCCAGCUGUGGCGGGUGAUGAGAAUGCAAAGAAGAAGGCUCGUCUUGCUCGAUUUGCACCUAUUUCCAAAACCGAUACUAAAACUGAUCCCAUGGAAGAUGAAAAAAGGAAGGCAAGGGCACUCAGGUUUUCAAAGGCCUCAACAGGUUCUCUUUCUCAAGUGAAUGACAAGGGAAAUAUCGAGCCGGCAGCCAUAGCUGGCAGUGCUGGUGGAGGGGUUUGA